GAAACCCUAACUUUUCUCCCCUAUAUAAAUUUGGGAAAAAAGAAAUUGUUUCAAUCCAUCACCGUACGAGAACAUUCCGAAACGUGCUUCUGUGGCGUUCGACAAACUUGAACACUCUCGUGCAAUCAUCUCUCGCAAGCAUCACCCACUCAACAAAAGAAUGGAUCAUCAAGGUCAUGGCCAAAACCCAAAUAUGGGUGUUGUUGGUAGUGGACAAAUGGCCCCAUAUGGUUCUAAUCCAUACCAGCCAAACCCUAUGACUGGGUCACCUGGGAUGGUUGUUCCCUCUGUUGGGACUAUUCAACCUGGUGGUCAACCAGAUGGAACUCAGCUGGGACAACAUCAGCUUGCUUAUCAGCACAUUCAUCAGCAGCAACAGCAGCAGCAGCAACAACAACUCCAGACCUUUUGGGGAAAUCAGUAUCAAGAAAUCGAGAAGGUAACUGAUUUCAAAAACCACAGCCUUCCCUUGGCAAGGAUCAAGAAGAUUAUGAAGGCUGAUGAGGAUGUGAAGAUGAUAUCAGCUGAGGCGCCUGUUGUAUUUGCAAGGGCGUGUGAAAUGUUCAUAUUGGAGUUAACCUUGCGUUCUUGGAAUCACACUGAAGAGAACAAAAGGCGAACCCUUCAAAAGAAUGACAUUGCAGCAGCAAUCACAGGAACUGAUAUCUUUGAUUUCUUGGUUGACAUUGUGCCUCGGGAGGACUUGAAAGAUGAAGUGCUUGCAUCGAUACCAAGAGGACCAAUGCCUGUUGGAGGGCCUGCUGAUGGAAUUCCUUAUUGCUAUAUGCCACCUCAAAAUGCACAGCAAGCUGGAAAUCCUGGUCUCAUGAUGCAUAAUCCAAACAUGUAUGCUCCACAGUCUCAUCCGUACAUGGCACCUCAAAUGUGGCCCCAACCACCGGAGCAACAACAAUCGCCUUCAGAUCAUUAGAUUCUUAUUAUGGAAGUGUUAUGGUUAGUAAGGUGAACUUUGGUGCAAUAAAUUAGUUUUUACAAGGAUUGAAAGUUGAAGUUUUAUAUUGUACUACUGACCAUUUCCAUACAUCAUAGUAAAACUUAAUUCUGCAGCUUUUAAAUUUCAAUGUCAUUUUUCCUAAUGGAACUUAAUGUUACUGUAUUAGAAAUUUACAGAUGAAUAACCAAGUAUGGUUUAUGAUGAUUCAUCACUUAUUAGCACAAGAUGUUUCUAAGUACAGGUGUCAAUCGCAUGCUGUAUUGUGAUAUAGCAGUAGUGGUUCCAAUCUGAUCUUGCAUUAUUAGAAGUAAUAUAAUAAUUUUUUAUGUUGUGUGGAA